AACUGUUAAUAGGUUGUUGGUUAUUGUGAAUUCCAAAAUAGUUCCAUGUUAUUUAAUACUAAAAUUAUGUUAAAAGUAUUGAAAGAAAAGCAAAUAAUUUCCACUGUUUCACUAAUCAGACGAAGAUGCACUAGUGCACCAGUUCGACCUUAUAUUCUGGGUAUAGAAACGAGUUGCGACGAUAGUGGCGCUGCAAUAGUGAGCAGCAAUGGCCAUGUUCUAGGCGAGUGCAUAUACUCACAACAGAAUAGCCACCUAAAAUUCGGUGGCAUUAUACCACCUGUUGCCCAAGAUUUCCAUCGGAUGCAUAUAGAUAAUGUUGUACAACAAACAUUUCAAGAUGCUAAUAUGGACUGCUCACAAAUAGAUGCUAUUGCAGUUACAAACAGACCAGGGUUACCUCUGAGCUUACUAGUAGGAUUGCGUUAUGCUAAAUAUUUGGCUAGAAAGUACCAGAAACCAAUGAUACCAAUCCAUCAUAUGGAAGCACAUGCUCUAAUGGCCAGAAUGACGAACAAAGUCACAUUUCCGUUUAUAUGUAUUCUGAUAAGUGGAGGUCAUUCUCUGUUAACUUUGGUGAAAAGCACACGUCAGUUUUAUUUACUCGGUGAAACCUUGGAUGAUGCUCCAGGUGAAGCGUUUGACAAAAUUGCUCGAAGAUUGAAACUAAGAAAUUUACCUGAUUACGCUUGGCUUUCCGGAGGACGGGCAAUUGAACAAGCUGCCAAGUUCAGUAAUGAUACUAAAAAGUACGACUUCCCACUACCAUUGUCGCAUUAUCGAGAUUGUCAAUUUAGUUUUGCUGGAUUGAAAAAUACGGCCACCAGACAUAUAUUGCAGCAGGAAAAAAAAUUAGAUCUUGCACCAGAUGCUGUUAUACCUGACUAUCCGGAUCUUUGCGCUGGUUUCCUGAAUGCAGCGGCACGUCAUAUUUCACAGCGAACACAACGAGCGAUACGGUUUUGUGAAAAAGAGCAACUAGUACAGCCGAAUGAUGCAAGAUUCCUCGUAGUCUCGGGAGGAGUUGCCAGUAACGAUACUAUUUUCAAAACCGUUGCUAACAUGGCAAAGACUUUUGGUUUCGAAACAGUUAGACCUAAAAGACAACACUGUACUGAUAAUGGCAUCAUGAUAGCUUGGAACGGCAUUGAGAAAGUGCUUGUGGAACAGGAUGUCACCAUGGAUUAUGCAUCAGUGGACAUUGUGGGUAAAACGAAGUUGGGAAUGUCAUUAAUUGAAAAAGUGAAAAGCGCAAAUAUACCUAGCAAAUUUUAG